UUUCGUCACCUUUCUCUUUCUUUCUCCUCUCUGAAAGAAAAUGAGUGAGUCGUCGUCGCCGGCGACUGGAGUUUUUCCGGGAAGAGGAAAUGGGAGACGGAAGAGAAGGAGAUUGGGAAUGUUUAGGUUGCAGAAACAUGAAUUAUGCGUUUAGAUCAUUCUGCAAUAGAUGCAAGCAGCCUCGUCUUUUCAUGGAUAACAAUACUUCUCCAAACUCUAAGUGGCUUCCUCGUAUCGGAGAUUGGAUCUGCACUGGUUCGUUCUUUCUUCUCCUAUCUCAGUUCAAGUUUCUUUCGAUCAUUACAUACAAGUGUUAUACCGUGAGAGAUGUUCUCUUUUUUGAAUUUCGGAAUUUGUGUGAAUUAGCUUCACAGAUUGUGCUAAUGAACUACACAAGUAGGAUUGAUCUGAAUCGUUGCACUAACAACAAUUAUGCAUCACGAGAAAAGUGCAAAAAAUGCGGGCAACCUAAGGAAGUAGCAGCAUUGUCAGCACUUGCAAUCCCUGGAGCUUCUCUUCAGACUCAUCUCCAUUACUUCGCUCGUGGGCCUGAGUCAAUCGAUCAAUCUGGUUCCUUACUUGCAUUCUCUAACGCUGCAAAUCAAGCUUCGGUUCAUAAAGAAUGGAGGAGCGGUGACUGGAUUUGCAGAUGUGGUUUUCACAAUUAUUCCUCUCGUAUACAGUGCAAAAAGUGCAACGAAACAGCUCCACUAGCCCUUGGAACAAAGAGAUUAGCAUCAGAAGCUUUGGCUCAUGAAUGGGAUAGCAAAAGACUGAAUCAAGGAUUUACAAGCAUGCAACCACAUUCAGCGAUAUAUGAGUCUUUUCCUGGCAUGAGCCCAGGAAGGAUCUCAAAUUGGCAGGUUCCACUCCCAUUUCUACAACAACAUUCAACACCUGCUUUACUUGGAAAAGGAGCGAAACAAUGGCGCGAUGGAGACUGGAUGUGCACAAAUUGCAAGAAUCACAAUUAUGCAUCUCGAUCAGAGUGCAAUAGGUGCAAGACUACACGAGAUAUUUUUAAUCAGGACAUAACUCCAACACAACAAUCUUGAAGAAUCAUGAAGAGUGUUCUUUAGUGUAUCACAAUUUGGUUUGUUGUUUUUGUUUGUGAUUUGGCUACACAUUACUCGAAACUAACUUGAAUAUAUAAGCCUCAAAAUGUUUUGAAACAGGGAAUGCAGACACAGCUAAAAA